AUGCCGCGGCGGGCGCUCCCGAGCCGAGCGGCCACGGGCGCCGCGGCACAGAGCAGAGCGCAGUCGUGCCAGAGGCGUUCUGUGGCCGUUUCUUCGCUCCAUGCCGGAGCGGUCCAGUCGCGGGGCAUCGUCCGGGAGGGCAUGUCCGGGGGCCUCUGUGGCGAGCGCGUGCAGGCCUCGGAGGUCUGGGACGGUCGCUGCGCCUCCAGGGGGCCCCGUGGUCCCGAGAGGCGAGCAGGACGGGCGGAGCAGGAACGGGCGGAGCAGGACCGGGUGGACCAGGACCUCGGCGAGCUUGUGCAGCAGAGCGGACCAACGCAGUGCCCCGAGCGCGUCGGCGGCGUGGUCCUGCGCCCGCGGCCCCACAGGUGGAUGGAGUGCAGGCCGCCCUUCAAAGUCUCGGUCUUCGCCUGCGUGGCAGGCCCACGCGGCGGCGGCGUCCUUCAGGCGGAGCCCUCCCCGGUAGAGAAAAAGGGCUGGACGCUGCGGGUCUCCGCGGCCUCGCGGCACGUCGGGUACGUGGCCUCGUUGCCGCGGGACUGCGCGGAGAUGAGCGCCGCGUUCUGGCCUGCAGGGUGUAGCGCCCUCGAGGCGCUGGCGGGCUGCUCCGCGCUGGUGCGGCUGGAGGACCUGCGGGAGCGCGUCGACGCGGCCCACGCGCGCGUGCUGGAGGCCAUCGGGGGCCUCUGGGCGGCGGGCGAGCCCCCGUGCGGCCUCGACGAGUACCGCUGGGCGCGGUGCGUGCUAAACUCGCGCCAGUUCGGGGGCACCGCCAUCGCCCACUCUGCGCACCUGGGAAUGCUGGUUCCAGGCGUGGAGUUUGCCAACCACUCGACGGAGCCUCACGCAGCCAUCCGCCAGUCGCCGGACGAGGCCGCGGUGGAGCUGGUCGCUCUGCGAGAGGUCGCCGAGGGCGAGGAGAUGAUGAUCAGCCAGCUGGGCGUGCGCAACGUUGAGUAG